AUGGUAAAUGUAAUAGGGUCGCCGCCAGAAAAGGCAAAUGAAAGUGAAAAUGUAAAUACAAAUAAAACACCAAUAAACAAGAAGUCAGUAGACUAUGUGAUACGAUCUGGGAUUGCGGGAGGUGUAUCUGGUUCAUGUGCCAAGACAUUAAUAGCGCCAUUGGAUAGAAUUAAAAUUCUGUUCCAAACAUCUAACCCACAUUAUGCAAAAUAUUCAGGUUCUUUAGUAGGAUUAAUGCAAGCAGCAAAACAUAUUGGAACCAAUGAUGGUAUAAGAGGAUUUUUCCAAGGUCAUUCUGUUACACUUAUAAGAAUUUUCCCUUAUGCAGCUGUAAAAUUUGUUGCAUAUGAACAAAUAAGAAACGUCCUAAUACCGUCAAGCUCUUAUGAGACACAUUGGAGAAGACUAGCAAGUGGUUCUUUGGCAGGAUUAUGUAGUGUCUUCAUAACGUACCCAUUAGAUUUAAUUCGUGUUAGACUUGCAUAUGUGACAGAACAUAAAAGAGUGAAACUUACAGAAGUUGUGAACAAAAUAUAUCAUGAACCAGCUUCAGUUACAUUAUCUUCGAAUAGUUAUAUCCCUAGUUGGUUUGCUCAUUGGAGUAACUUCUAUAGAGGCUACGUGCCAACUGUGUUAGGGAUGAUACCAUAUGCAGGUGUCUCAUUUUUUGCUCAUGACCUUAUUCAUGACAUCUUUAAGACUCCAUUAUUUGCGCAAUAUUGUUUAGAACCUCUCUCUCACGAACAAGAAAUUCAAUUGCGUGAAAGAAAACAAAAGAGACCCUUGAAAGUUUGGGCAGAAUUAAUAUCAGGCGGAUUUGCAGGUAUUUUAUCUCAAACUGCAGCUUACCCAUUUGAAAUAAUUAGAAGAAGAUUACAAGUUAGUACAUUAUCACCAAGUAAUAUGUUCACUCAUAAAUUUCAAAGUAUUUCUGAAAUUGCAGCAAUCAUUUAUAAGGAACGUGGGUGGAGAGGUUUCUACGUUGGUUUGAGUAUUGGUUACAUCAAAGUUACACCAAUGGUAGCCUGCAGUUUCUAUGUCUAUGAGAGAAUGAAAUUGUAUCUAGGCAUAUAA